UUUUCCUUCUCCUCCAUCCUUGGAUUGUAUUUCGGGGCUUCUCAUACCACUACUCGUCUUACUAGGCUUACUGGUCUAGGCCAUGUCGCUCUGGUCGGAGAUACAAAAGGUUCCGCCAGUCACCAAGUUCCUAUGCGGGUCCUCUCUGGCAAUCACCGUGCCAGUCUUGCUCGAAAGUGUCGCUCCUUAUAUCUACCUUUUCACAAGGUCGCUUGUGACGGAGAAGUUUGAAGUAUGGCGUGUCUUCACAACUUUCUUUAUAGGACCGUUCGGCAUAGGCUACAUCUUUCACUUUGCAAUGCUCUACCAAUACUCCUCGGAGGUGGAGAAAUCAUAUUACCGAGAGCGUUCAGCGGAUUACGCAUGGCAGCUGUUGCAAGUUUGCAUCAGCAUACUGAUCAUCAACCUCCCGCUGCAAAGCAUGGCCCACCACCGCCCGAUGCUCAUCGCGCUUGUCUAUCUCACCUCGCGGCUUGCUCCACCUGACGCGCAGACGUCGCUCUUCGGGCUUGUCACGAUCCCCGUCUUCUACAUGCCGUACGUCUUCAUCGCUAUCGACCUCCUCGGGGACGGUCGCGCCGGCGCCGCGAAGGCCAUCUCCGGCGCAAUCAUCGGGCACCUCUGGUGGUGGGGCGUCUGGGAGAGCAGAAUUAUCGAGCGCUUCGGGGCCGCGCCUGCGUGGCUCAAAAAGUUGCUCGGGCAGAACUCUGGGCCGUCGGCACACGGAGCGUGGAAGAGGGGCGGCGUGGAGGGUGUCCCCCCGAGGCAGGUGAGGGAAGAGGGCCGGCCGGGUGAGCAUAGUUGGGGAUCGGGGAGCCGCCUGGGAGGUUCUUGAGUGCAGAGUGUCUCUGGGUGGCCCGGAUGUCGUCGCUAUUUUCCCUGGGAGAAUGAACGUUGUACCCAUUGGUUGUAUUCGCUAACGUGUGUGGUAACUGUGCUAGUCAUUUUAUGCACGCGCGUGACAAACGAA